UUGACCCUUUGGUUUUUUUUUUCCCGUGAAAAUGUAUCUCUGCAACAUUUUCUUGUCAUUGUUCUUGUUCUCGAUCGAGUUCAUGAUCGUUCUUUCGUCAGGAGAGGAUAACAAGAUGAAGCAGGAUCGAAUCUCAUUACUUGCUCUGAAGUCAAACAUUGUUUCAGAUCCUCAGAACUUCCUGAGAAGCUGGAACUCAGCAGAUGAACAUGUCUGCAACUGGUCUGGCGUCAAGUGCAACAACGACAGCACCCGUGUCGUGCAGCUAGACAUCAGCGGUCACUCGCUUCACGGACAAAUCCCGUCUUCUCUCUCGAAUCUUUCCGCUUUAACGGUUCUCGAUCUUUCCAGAAACUUCUUCAGAGGCCAAAUCCCACCGGAGAUAAGCUCGUUAACAAAGCUGAAACAGCUAAGCCUCUCUGAGAAUCUUCUCGAAGGAAACAUUCCUUCCGAGCUGGGUUCGCUUCGUCAUCUCGUGUAUAUCGAUCUCGGAAGCAACCGUUUGACGGGCGAGAUCCCGUUUCAGCUCUUCUGCAACGAUUCUUCAUCGCCAUCUUCUUCUCUGCAGUAUAUAGAUCUCUCUAACAAUUCUCUAACCGGAGAAAUCCCUCUGAAGAACGGGUGUCAGCUCGAAGAACUUCGGUUUCUUCUUCUAUGGUCGAACAAGCUCGUCGGGCGAGUUCCUUUAUCUCUUUCGAACUCGACGAACCUCAAAUGGAUGGAUUUGGAAUCCAACAUGUUGAGUGGAGAACUGCCUUCUGAAGUCAUAAGCAAGAUGCCACAGCUUCAGUUCCUUUACCUCUCCUACAACCAUUUCCUCAGCCACGACAAUAACACUAACCUCAAUCCCUUCUUCGAAUCAUUGGCUAAUUCAUCUAACUUGCAAGAGCUCGAGCUAGCGGGAAACAACCUCGGGGGAGAGUUGCCUUCCGUCGUAAGGCACCUCUCGGGGAGUCUUGUCCAGAUUCAUCUCGAUCAGAACCGUAUCCACGGCUCUAUCCCACUCGAAAUAUCGAAUCUGGUGAAUCUGACUCUGUUAAACUUCUCCAGUAACCUCUUGAUCGGUUCUAUUCCACACGAGCUCUGUGAACUAAGGAAGCUAGAGAGGGUUUACCUAUCAAACAACAUGCUGACAGGCGAAAUCCCUGCCGGUUUUGGAGACAUUCCUCGUCUCGGUCUUCUGGAUUUGUCUAGAAACAAGCUUUCUGGUUCGAUCCCUGACAGUUUUGCCAAUCUUUCUCAGCUGAGAAGACUUUUGUUAUACGGAAACCAGCUCUCCGGUACAGUACCUCGAAGUCUCGGGAAAUGCAUCAAUCUCGAGAUUCUGGACCUCUCUCAUAACAAUCUCUCAGGGAAUAUUCCAGGUGAAGUUGUGUCCAAUCUGAGAAACUUGAAGCUUUACUUGAACCUCUCUAGCAACCAGUUAAGUGGACGGAUACCUUUGGAGCUAAGCAAAAUGGAUAUGGUGUUAGCCAUUGAUCUAUCUUCCAACAACCUCUCCGGGAAAAUCCCGCCUCAGCUCGGGAGCUGCAUUGCGUUGGAGCAUCUGAAUCUUUCGAGAAAUUCUCUAGCAAGUGUUCUUCCCAGUUCAAUAGGACAGUUGCCUUAUCUGAAAGAACUAGACGUUUCGUUGAACAGGUUAACCGGGGAGAUACCACCAUCUUUUCAGGGUUCUUCAACUCUCAAAAGGUUGAACUUCUCAUUCAACAUGUUCUCCGGGAAUGUGUCCAACAAGGGCGGGUUUGCUAAGCUAACGAUUGAUUCAUUUCUUGGAAAUCCUCUCCUGUGUGGUUCAAUAAAGGGCAUGACAGCUUGCAAGAAGAAGUACAGAUACCGGUAUGUUCUUCUACCGGUAUUGUUAUCGUUGUUCGCUACUCCUGUUCUGUGUUUUUUCGGGUACCCUUUAAUCAAAAGGUCAAGAUUCCGCAAGAACUUAUCGGUAUUCAAUGGAGAAAAGGAAGAGGACGAGGAGAAACAGAACAGGAAGGACCCGAAGCACCCGAGAAUCUCGUAUCAGCAACUCAUUGAAGCAACUGGAGGUUUCAGUUCUUCUAGCUUGAUUGGUUCAGGCAGGUUCGGUCAUGUAUACGAGGGAACUCUCAGGAACAGUACGAGGAUUGCGGUUAAAGUUCUUGAUCCGGAAACAAUGGUAGAGUUCUCGGGGAGUUUCAAAAGAGAAUGCCAAAUCCUAAAGAGAACACGUCACCGAAACCUGAUCAGGAUCAUAACAAUAUGCAGUAGACCGGAUUUCAAGGCUCUGGUUCUGCCAUUGAUGCCCAACGGGAGCUUAGAGAGGCAUCUGUACCCGAAAGACGGGGAAUUGAGCAGAAAACUGGACUUGAUCCAGUUAGUGAACAUUUGCAGUGAUGUUGCGGAAGGAGUGGCUUAUUUGCACCACCAUUCUCCAGUCAAAGUCGUUCACUGUGAUCUCAAACCGAGCAAUAUCCUUCCCGACGACGACAUGACGGCUCUCGUUACCGAUUUCGGGAUCUCGAGAUUGGUGAAAGGCAUCGAGGAAACGGUUUCUGCAGAUGACUCGGUUUCUUUCAGUUCAACAGAUGGAUUGUUAUGUGGAUCAGUCGGAUACAUAGCACCCGAAUACGGGAUGGGAAAACGAGCUUCGAUCCAUGGAGACGUGUACAGUUUCGGGGUUCUUCUGCUAGAGAUUGUGACACGAAGACGUCCAACUGAUGUUAUGGUCAAUGAAGGUUCAAGCCUUCAUGAAUUCAUGAAGUCUCAUUACCCACAUAAGCUCGAAGGCAUAAUCGAAGAAGCGUUACUGAAGUGGAGACCGAAGGGAAAGCCAGAAAGUUGUGAUAAACUAUGGCACGAGAUAGUGUUAGAGCUCAUCGAGCUCGGUCUGAUAUGCACCCAGUACUGUCCCUCCAUCAGACCGAACAUGCUCGAUGUAACUCACGAGAUGGGGAGGCUGAAAGAGUAUAUCUCUACAUGCCCUUCUCUGGUUUUAGCUGCUGAUGAUGAAGCUAGUUCGUCAUAAGACUGUUGUUUUCAGAAUUCUUGAUCAUAUUUCAGAAGUCUUUGAACGAUUAUGUUCAUUCCUUUCAAAGAUUUUCCAGUGAUUUUCUUUUUUUCUAUGAUUCUUGAGCUGGAAUGUUAUAAAAAUGACAGAGUUUGACAAUGUUGAGGGCUUGGACUGAU